UAUGAUGAGUGUCUGGCAACGAAGUCCAAGUCAUCUAUGAUCCACCUUUAGUUUAACUGUCACUCUCUCUCUCUCCAACUCACUACUCACUGCAAUGGCUCUCGCUUCCUUCUCCGCGCCUUCUUUCUCUCUCCAUUUCUCCCCCCGCUCUCCCUUCCCACUCUCCACCUCCUCUCUCUCCUCGCGCCGCACCGCACGCUUUCCCCCCUCCGCCCCCCUUUCCACCCCCGCCAUUUUCGCAUCGGCCCAUGGCAACGGCGCCGGAGGAGGACGCGGCGCCGGAGGAGGAGGAGGAGGAGGAGGCGACGACGAAGCGGAGGACAGGAAUCGCAACCGAGAGGAGGCGCUGCUCGUCCUGGCGCAGGCCGGGAGGCCGCUGGAGAAUCUGCAGGCGGAUUUGGCGGCGGCAAUUCAGAGCGGGCGAGUGCCGGCGGCGAUUGUGCAGAGGCUAUUCGAGCUGGAAAAAUCGGCGGUGUUCCGGUGGCUGCUUAACUUCGGAGGGUUCAGGGAGAGGUUGCUGGCGGAUGACUUGUUCCUCACCAAGGUUGCCAUUGAGUGCGGUGUUGGCAUCUUCACAAAGACUGCAGCAGAGUUGGAGAAACGUAAAGAAAAAUUUUCUAAGGAGCUUGAUUUUGUUUGUGCUGAUGUGAUAAUGGCCAUUGUAGCAGAUUUUAUGCUUGUGUGGCUUCCUGCUCCCACAGUUUCUCUCCGACCACCACUUGCUGUUAGUGCUGGAACUAUUGCUAAAUUCUUCUAUGGCUGCCCUGAAAAUGCUUUUCAGGUGGCUUUGGCUGGAACCUCAUAUACACUCAUCCAGAGAAUAGGUGCUAUAGUGCGUAAUGGUGCAAAGCUAUUUGCAGUUGGGACUGGUGCAUCACUGAUUGGUACAGGUGUAACAAAUGCGUUGAUCAAUGCAAGAAAAGUUGUUGAUAAAUCUUUUGCCGCUGAGGCUGAGGAUGUACCAGUAAUAUCAACAAGUAUUGCCUAUGGGGUUUACAUGGCAGUAUCUAGCAACUUAAGGUACCAAAUACUAGCCGGAAUUAUUGAACAACGGAUUCUAGAACCUUUGCUGCAUCAGCAGAAGCUUAUACUAAGUGCAAUUUGCUUUGCUGUUAGAACUGGAAACACUUUCUUGGGCUCACUAUUGUGGGUGGAUUAUGCUCGCUGGGUUGGAGUCCAGAGGUCACGGGAUUAGGCGUAAUGGUUCUUCAGUUACAGGAUUUUGUCAUAGGAUGAUUUGGGUUAAAUCUUGUAUGUAUGUUGAUUCGUUAUUGGAAAUGCAGUUGGUUUGUUGUAUUUUUAAUUCCUCGUGACAGCAUGAUUGUACAUUGAGCAAUAACGGAGGUGAGCAAGCACCAUGAGUCUCCAAUUAUCACCGUUUACGGUGAUCAGUGAUUCAGUGAAGGUACUAGAUUCAUGAUAUUCAUCUCUCAUAGCUAGCAGAUAUUGAGUCACAUCUUUCCUAGACAUUGUUGGGCCAAGGCCUCUCUCGUAUUCUAAAGUUAAAAUUGAUUAGAAUCAAAUUCAAA